AUGUCCGACUCUGAGAACGAGCGACUGGAGUCGCCGGCCAUCGAAUCGCCCAUCGACGCUGGCGACGACGACAACGAUAAUGUCAACGGUGAUCUAGACAGCGGCGACGAUCUGUUUGGCGAUGGCGGUGGCGGUGAUGACGACGACGGGCAGCUGAGCGAGCACAGCCUCGGGCCCGAAGACGAGGAACCGGAGCGGUAUGGCGAUGAAGACGACGAGGGCGAUGAGCCGCAAGUGACAAAGGAGGAGCUGGUUAUGGACGUGGACCUCUUCCGGCACCGCGUACCCAAGCCAUCGGACGGGACGCUGCAAUCGCUACGCGUCCCGCCAUUCAUCCGGAUCUGCCCAGAGGAGUACGACGCCGACACGUAUGAGCCGACGGCGUUUGAGCUGAAGGACUCACACUCGCAGCACCCCAAGUCGGUGGCGCGGUUCCGGCGCGACGCGGCCACGGGCGCGCUGCAGAGCAACGCUGCCUUUUACCGGUGGGACGACGGGUCGGUCACGCUGGCUAUCGGCGACGAGCAUUUUGAGGUGCUGACCAAGUCGCUGGCGCCGGCGUCGGCGACAGGCAAGGGCACAAGCACAAGCACGAAACCGGGGGCCAAGGCAGCAGGCAGCUACCAGGAGCUGCAGGACGCGCACUACUACGCGGCGGCGGCCCACCUGUCGAGCAGCCUGCUGCUCACGGUCGGCCACGUGGCCGAGCAGUACAGCGUGCGGGCCAACCGCACGGUGGCCGACGACGCGUUGCAGCGGCUGACCGACCGGCUGCACGCCGCGUCCCAGACCUCGGCCGGCCAGACGACCAACAUGAUGAUCAUCCGGACCAUGCGCGACCCGGAGCUGGCCAAGAAGGAGGCCGAGCUGGCCGAGAAGGAGCGCGAGCGCGCCCGUCGGCGGCGCGAGAACGCGUCAGCCCGGCUCGACGGUGGCUUUGGGGGUGGUGGUGGUGGCGGCAGCCGAUCGAACCGGUCUGGCGCAGGCGCCCUGUCCAUCAGCGAUCUCGAGGGUGGCGGUCGGCGCGGCGGCCCCGGCGGCAGCGGACGCAAGCGCGGAGGUGGAGGUGCCGGGGCGCCGCGGGCGAAGCGGCGGCGACCCGAGUAUGACUCGGACGACGAGCUUCCGCACGGGGCGCGGCGCAACGACGAGUACGACAAGGAGGACGACUUUAUCGCGCCCAGCGACGACGACAUGUCGGACGAGAACGGCGGCGACGAUGACGACGAGGAGGAGCUGGACGACGAGGAUGACGAGGACGAGGAAGAGGAACGCCGCGGCGCCAAGCACCACAAGGCCCGUCGGGCGAAGCGGCAGCGGGCAGCCUCGGCCGAAGACGAGGACGCGCAGGACGCCGAGGCAGACCCGGAUGAUGACAUGCCGGCACGGCGGGCCCGUCGGCACAUUAUCGACGAUGAUGACGACGAACCGAUUAUCGUCAGCUCCCACCAGCAGCGGACGCACUCAACCAAGAUUCCGACAAAGCCAACGAUGGCGGUAAACAUUUCGCUAUGGGAGACGAUCACGUUUCCGCUAGCCUCGCUGUUGUGGCUACACCGAGUAUACGCCUACAUACUCUCGUUCUUCACGCGUGACAGCACGCUCGACGCGCUCUGGGAUGAGCUGCACGAUGCUGAGACAUUUGAGGAGUGGGAGGCAGCUGGCUUGGCCCUAGAUCAUCAAUACCGGAUAGAUACAUGGCGAAAAGAUGACAAGAGCAAGCUCUACGCCUGGGAGCUCAUCGGUGAUCGCCUCUCCGCCUUCUCCCGGGCUCUCCGACUCGGCCACGUCCAGACGCUCGUCCACCUGCUGCAGUCGGGCCUCGUGCGCAAUCUCGGCAACAUCACCGUGCCGCCGCUGUAUAAUGAGUCGUUUGCCGGCACAAAAUACCUGAUCGAGAACUACAUCCUGCAGGUGUGCGAGAUUAUCAGCGAUCUCGUGGCGCUGCCAGGAGACAGUCUGUCUGCUUCGUCUCCCUCCAUGUCCACCACCCCCCUCCUCUCCCCAGACCUCGAUCGCGCCCUCCGAGACGGCCGCUGCGGCCAGCUCCCAACAGCUACCCAGAAACGCCAGCUCUUCAGCAACCUGCGCCAGUCCUUUGGUCGCACCACGCUCGUCCUCCAGGGCGGCUCCGUCUUUGGCCUCUGCCACCUCGGCGUCGCCCGCGCCCUCUUCUACCGUGGCCUGCUGCCGCGCAUUCUCACCGGCACUGGUACUGGCGCCCUCAUCGCUGCCCUGAUCGGCACCCACACCGACGACGAGCUGCCCGGUCUGCUCGAUGGCGACACCAUCAACCUCUCGGCUUUUGCCGGCCACGGCGACGAACCCAGGACAGCCGAUCAUGUGAGGCCCUCCUCCACCUGGUGCACUUAUACCCGCCUCGCCACCCUGCGCCGUCGGCUCGCCCGCUUCCGCAGCGAAGGCUACUUUCUCGACGCCUCCGUACUCGAGCACUGCGUGCGCGAUAACGGCGGCGAUCUCACGUUCGAGGAGGCUUACCGCCGCACCGGACGCGUGCUCAACAUCACCGUCGUCACAGGAGGUGCCGGCGAUGUGCCGACGCUUCUCAACUAUGUGACAGCGCCAAACGUGCUCAUCUGGACGGCCGCCGUCGCCUCCAACGCAUCCGAUGCCGCCUGGUACGGCCACCGCCAGCCGGCCAUCCUCUGCCGGGACGCCAAUGGCUGUGUGGUGGCCUGGCCGCUGGCUGACACCGCCCGAUUCCGCCAUUGGACGCACGGCCGAUACGACGGCACGCGUCAGGCGCCGCUGCGCCGCCUCGCCCAGCUCUUCAAUGUCAACCACUUUGUCGUCAGCCAGGCCCGGCCGCACGUCGUGCCCUUUCUCGAGCCAUCUAUGCAGUCGCCGGCGAUGCGUGGUCUCGCCGCUGGUACACUAGCCCGUGCCCGCACCCUGGUCCUGCAGCAGGCUGGCCACUUGUUGCGUCAUCGCCUCGAUCAGCUGGUCCGCCUCGGCUGGCUCCCGCCAACGCUACGUCGGCUCGUGCUGGACGACGAGCAGCAGGUGCCUCUGGGCGGUUCUGGCAGCGGUCGUGCGGCUGAUGGACGCAGCCGCCGUCGCUACCAGCCCCAGAAGCUCGUACUUGUCCCCCACGUCUCCCUACGCGACUACGUCCGCCUGCUCGACGCGCCCUCACCGGCAUCGCUCCGCUACUGGAUUGGCCGCGGCGAGCGUGCCGUCUGGCCAGCAGUCGCGGCUCUCAAGAUUCGCUGCUCGGUGGAGCUUGCGCUACAGCAGGCAUGUGAGGACCUUGGGGUGGGCAAGAGUAGCCCGGGUGGAGGGGGUGGAAGUGGCGGCACAGGUGCAAGCGUGGGUGGAGAGGGUGCGGGAGGUGGAUUGGGUGGAAGUAUGAGCGCAAGCUGGGGUAGAAAUUUAGGUGGAAAUUUGGGUGGAAGUUGUCGCAUGACGCCGAGUACAACAGGCUUGCGCAGCACGGCCAGCCUCACAAGGAAGGCGUUCUUGCCAACCCUUGUUGGGGCGUCGCGCACAACGGAACGGAGAAUGGGAAAAGCAGGAGCGUCGAAUUAG